AUGAGUAAACAGGAAGAAGAGAAGGGAAUGCAGAGGAAGGUGGACGGGAUGUCUUGCAACAUCAUCAAUGAGCUGCGGUUAGAGAAGAAGCUCUGUGAUGUAGUCAUCAUGGUGGAUGGCACCGAGUUCCACGUGCACAAGAACAUCCUGUGCGGCUGCAGCCCAUACUUCAUGGUUCUCUUUACCAAAGGCUGGUACCCUCCUGAUAAGCUCAGUUGGGUGUAGAGUGAGGCUUUUCCUGAUGAUAUUUGGCUGUAGUUCUACCCGAACUUGUGCUUU